UGGCCUUAGGCAGACAGAACAGAGUGACCCAGCAGACCCACAUGAAUGGGCAGAGUUCCCGUUCCCACGCGCUAUUGGCUGUCACGGUGACAGGGACCAACAUCAGAACCAACAGGAGAACAACAGGGAAGCUGAACUUGGUGGAUUUGGCAGGUUCGGAGAGAGUCUGGAAGUCGGGAGCUCAGGGAGAGAGGUUAAAGGAAGCUCAGAACAUUAACAGGUCCUUGCUGGCUCUGGGAGAUGUGAUCCAUGCUCUGAGGGUCAAACAGAACCACAUCCCCUUCAGGAAUUCCAAACUCACCUACCUGCUGCAGGACUCCCUCCGAAAGGGCAAUAAAACUGUCAUGGUCGUCCAGGUCUCUCCAUUGGCGAAGGAUUUAGCCGAGUCGAUGUGCUCGCUGAAGUUUGCAAAGCGAGUCUGUAAAGUGGAGCAAGGCCCUGCCACCCAGUACCUGCUGGCACCAGGAAAUGUGCCAUCGUCCUGACAGGCUGCCCCCAGAGCCCUGGAAACCCUUCGAACCCUCUCUGAAGGCUAAUCCAACAUGCCUUCCAUUGCCGGAUAGCCAGCACUGUUCUGCCCUGCCCCCACCCAGGGGAGAGAGGUCAAUGAAGGGGGUAUUGAUGGGGUGAGAAUGGGCACCUUUCAUUGGACCCAUUGGGUCCCCUGUGUUGGGAAAAGAGAGAAAGGGGAAGGCAGAGGGAACAGGGGCAGAAUUGGAGUAUAUUGGGGGCUAGCAUACAGGUGCUUGAGGAGGCCAUUCAGUUAGAUCUGUACCCCCUUUGGCUGCCUUCGCCUCAUAGCCUUCAAUAAUUUUAAUACACAAUAAACUCAGUGUCCCGGCCUCUCAGAGAGACGAACCAGGUCCUCACUGCCCUUUGUAGGAGGAAGCACUUCCUGAUGACCCCCUCCCCCCGCCACUCCCCAAUUUGUUCAGGGCUCCUUCCCCACCCACUACAGGAACCAGUUACUCCCCAGCGACCCUCUUCAAAUUUCCAAACAGAUCUCCCCUCCGUCAGCUCGUUCCCAAAGCUUCACAAGAACAGUUUCAGGGAUGGGGAACGUGGGAAUAUGGAGAGCUUGGAGACACCGGGCAGAUUCCCUUCUAGAUGAGAGGGUGGAAGGGAGAUCUCUGAGGGUUCAUGGCUGUGAUCGAUAAAGCCCAGGCUGAUGCUGGCAAUUCGCUUCCCUUAGAGGGAGGUUCACUCGAGGGGUUAGGGUCUGGAAUGUACUGCCUGAGAGUGUGGGGGGAGGCAGGUUCACUCGAGGGGUUAGGGUCUGGAAUGUACUGUCUGAGAGUGUGGGGGGAGGCAGGUUCACUCGAGGGGUUAGGGUCUGGAAUGUACUGUCUGAGAGGGGGGGGGGGGGGAGCGGGUUGGGGCAGGUCAAUUCCAGACAGAGUUCAGUAAUAAAAUGGAAAGAACUGCAAGCCUGAAAGUUGUGGAAAUUGCACUGUGAGAGGAGUACUGUAACAGAGGAGCAGCACAGAAUUCAGAGGGCUGAAUGGUCUCCACUUGUGCUGUUACCAUUUGAUAAUUUAAGGGUCUUUGAAUUGUAAUUCACGGUGAAGGAAGUGAUCAGCAGGGAAACUAAAAUUUGGUCAAGGAAAGGAUGUUAUAGCUGCGACGAUAGUGAUGGGACUGAGUUGACUGUAGGAUCUGAGGGUGUGCUCUCUAGUGACAUCUCUGAUGUGGGCUAUACUGCCAGCUGGGGAGGUCAAAUUUAAUUAAUUCAAUAAAAAUCUAGAAUACAAAGCUAGUGUCAAUGAUGGUGACCAUGAAACAAUCAGUAAUUCUUGUAAAAUCUCAUCUCAGUCUGUUUGGGGAAGGAACUUGCCUCCUUUGCCUGGUCUGGCCUCUAUGUGACUCCAGACCGACAGCAAGGUGUUGACUCUGGCCUGGCCGUGUGAGAUAACCAUCUGUAACCCAGCAAGCAACUCAUCACCACCAUCUCGGGGGGCAAUUAGGGACAAUCCUGGUCUUGCCAGUUAUGAUUGGGGACGGGGGUGGGAGCAGAGGGCAUACGGUGGACAGGUUUAAUUCAGGCAUACAGAGGAUCUUGGAUGAUCAUUUGGAAUGAAGGCUUUGGGAAAUUGUUAGAGUUAUGGGAAGGAGGAUGCGCGGGUAAGGAUAGUGGGGGUGAGAGAGAAAUGUCUGGACUCUGUUAUCAAGGACCUGGUGUUGAAACUGAAUUACAGAGCCACCCGGUGUGGAUAUAUAAAGGCACAGAUAACUCA